CGGAGGCGAGGUCAUUAGGGCCGGCUAAUUAGGAGCUGUCCUAAUUACCUUAACAUCGCCCAAGUCACAGUUGAACUAAGGUGGUCAGCCUGUAGAGAUGGCUUUCAAGAAGCGGCGCAUCUUCGACUUGCGCCAUGUUCAGGCCCAACAAAUGGCCACCACCGCCAGUCACAGGCGCAGUCAUCCUACCCACAACCAUUCACACAAUCCCAUCCAGCCCCAACAUCGUUUUCGCCAGAUCGGAGAAUGGUUCACCGAGAACAUGCGCAACUACAGCCAGACCACGUCCCUCCACGGAUUCAGUUACAUCACCCGGCAGGACAUCAGUCGCAAUGAGCGUUGGUUUUGGCUAGUGGUGGUGAUCCUGGCUAUCAUCACCUCCAUUGUGCUGGUCGUGGUGUCCUGGUACUGGAGCCAGGAAACUCCAACGGUCACCGUUAUCGAAAGCUCGCACUUUCCCACAUGGAAUAUUCCCUUUCCGGCUGUCACCAUAUGCAACUUCAAUAAGAUAUCGAAGAUCAAAGCCCUUAGCUUGUUGGACCAAAUGCAAGUUCCAGUUGGAAUCAAUAGAUCCGAGCUGCAUAACCUCUUCAAUCUGACACUUUUGCCCGUGGAUACCAUGAUUAGCAAUGAUUCGCUGCACAUAUACGAUCGUAUUUUGAACCUUAACAACCUUACACUGAACAGACUCACCCAGCAAUUGUCGCCGGACUGCAUCGAAAUGAUCUCCAACUGCAUUUGGAAGGGCAUCAAUACGCGGUGCGAUAGUCUCUUCCAACGCAUAGAUACCAUGGAGGGGCAGUGCUGUACUUUCAAUUAUUUUGGCGGUAUCAGCAACAAUUUUCCAGAGAAAAUUGCGUACCAGGUUCCAAAGCGACCAUAUCGCGUUACGGGAUGCGGCUAUCCCACGGGUCUCUCGGUUCUGCUUAACCCCAUGAUAUCGGACUACUAUGGCACCUUCUUUAGUGGCUUUGGCUUUCGAUUGCUCCUCCACGACGCCUAUAACUUUCCGGAUGAGAACUCGGAGACCAAAGUGGUCACCACGACGAGGGAGAGUUUUGUGAGAAUAAAUCCGGAGUCCACCUACGCCACCAACGAUAUUCGCCGCAUGGAUCUGUCAUUGAGGAAUUGCCUCUUUGGAAGCGAAAUGGCCAUGCAUGGCCUUAGGCGCUACUCCUUUAUCAACUGCAUGUUCGAGUGCCGUGUCCGGAUGACGGUGGACCUUUGUGGUUGUCUACCACCGUACGUCUACAACAAUGGCAGCUACAAAGUUUGUGGUGUGCUGCAAACCAAUUGCAUAAUUCACAGCAAAAGACUCUUUUCCCAUGCCCUGGCCAAUUUGAAUUUCUCGCUCUCAAUUGUCCGGGAGACGGAUAGUUUUCCCUGUGGAUGUCUGCCGGACUGCCAGUCGAAUCAUUAUGUUUCUGAGAGUACCACUGGCCGACUGGACAUGAGCUACUUUGCCAACCGACCAACGUUCAACAAUGCCACAGAUAGGAUACUGCUGCAUGUGUUUUUCAGCGAUCUAAUGAGCACCAGAUAUCGAACGGACAUAUUUCAGAACUGGCUGUCCGCCUUGGCUUCAUUUGGCGGCUUGCUGGGACUAAUUAUGGGAUUCAGCAUAGUGACGGCAUUCGAGUUCAUUUACUUCCUUACCUUCCGGCCAGUUUUCAACUACAUCAACCGGGAGUAGAGUGGCAGUACCCAGCCAUCUCAG